CCUGCCAGUGUAGCGAAUUGGACGAUCGGAAACGAAUCAAUGGAAAUCGCAUUUUUAUAGUAAGCAUUAAUGCGCAAGAUUGAAUACUUUCCAUAGUAGAGAGGACGGCCCCCUCCCCUCUUCCAGAUACGCGUGCUCGUCGCUAUAUAUAGACCCGCUCCCCGACUGUCACAACCACAGCAACAAUUCCACCACCACCACUCCCAAAGCUUGUUGCCAUGGCGACUCCUCUCUCGCCAACCGCCGUGGUGAUGGCACUGCUGCUGGCCUCGCUGGUCGCGCUCUCCUCGGCGCACGAGGACCACCACCACGCGCCGGCUCAAGCGCCCAGCCCCGCUCACCAUCCUGGCCAUCUUGCCCCCGCGCCGAGCGCUCAUCAUCACCACGCUCCUGCCCCGUCGCCGAGCCACCACACCACCACCAUCACCACCCUCCGGCCCCGUCGCCGAGCCACCACAUCGACGCGGAUGAGCUGGACACUUCUACAGACACGGAGUGGUACCGCGGCCAUCACUCUGAGGCGCCGUCGCCGUACCACCUCGACGCCGACGAGCUACACAAGGCACCAAGCCCGCACCACCACGGCCACCACGCUACAGCACCGGCGCCGGCUCACCACCACCACCAUCGCCAUCGCCAUCAUCAUCAUCACCAUGCUCCGGCGCACUCUCCGUCCUCGUCAACAUCCGUCCCCAACCAUACCGAGCGGCUUGGCAGCCAACAAGUUACAGCGGCGGCUCACGCGCCCACUCAGCAUUCCCCUGCGCCGUCACCACAUCAUCACGCGCCCGCCCCAGCGCCUGGUCCGGCAAGCUCCUCUUCCCGUCACGCCGUCACCGGCGGAGUUGGUCUGCUCGGUGCGGUCGCCGUGUCCGCUGUUUUGUUCCUUCUUUAGGUGAUAGUCCUGUCAGAUUUGUAAUAAGGUGUGCAUGCGCUGUAGUAGGUUGCAAUAGGCCAAUGUCUGCUCUGUUAAAUUAUCAAUGGAAAUGGUGAAAUAGGCAUGCGUUCUCGGAAUAUG